GUGAUAGACCGAGUUAUGUCAGCUAACUGCCUACACCUAAUCUCGCAGGACCAAUCUCUCCGACACCUUUGCUUGAGGCGGUAUUGAUGAUGAUGGGCUUUAGCUAAAUCUAACCAUCUACAUCCUCUGCUCUCAUUCUUUCUUUCUUUUUCCUCUCAUGUGUUUUUUUUCCCCUUAAUCGAAGUCUGCCUUUGCAAUUAUCUUUGGCUUUUGAUUGUAGUGUGGUAAUUGUAUCAAGUUUUUGAAGAUGGGUUCUAUUCAUUUUUACAGUUCUUCUCUCUGUUCCUCAUGCUUGCGAGGAUACACUGGGCUGCAUUGUAUGUAUCCAUUUACGUUAAAAGGGUACUUAACUAAUCUGGUCUCUAGUAACCCAGCUAGGAAAUUGAGCUAUAGAUCCAAAGGUGUUGAUAGACUUAGAGCCUCAGCGAUAUAUGGAGAAGAUGAUAUUCUCUCUUGUUCUGAGAACAGUAGAGUUUCAGCACAAGGUACCUUCGUUGGGAAAAGAUUGAACCAACCAUCUGGAAUUGAGUUACAACCUGAUGCAAUAGGUUUUGGAACACUUUCUGCUGAAAUAACUCCAACCACGAAUGCUUUCUUUCCUAAUGAUGAUGAGCAUGACCUGGAUCGUCCUACUGAUAGAUUUGCUUCCAUACCAGAGGCCAUUGAAGAUAUUCGUCAAGGCAAGUUAGUAAUUGUUGUUGACGAUGAAGACAGAGAAAAUGAGGGAGACCUAAUAAUGGCAGCAUCAAAAGCAACACCUGAAGCUAUGGCAUUUAUUGUGAAGCAUGGAACUGGAAUAGUAUGUGUAAGCAUGAAAGCUGAAGAUCUGGAGAGGCUGGAACUUCCUCUAAUGGUAACACAGAAGGAGAAUGAGGAAAAACUUUGCACUGCAUUCACUGUUUCUGUGGAUGCAAAACAUGGCACAACAACAGGUGUCUCAGCUCAUGACAGGGCAACAACAGUGUUGGCUCUUGCCUCUAGAGAUUCAAAACCUGAAGAUUUCAACCGCCCAGGUCAUAUUUUCCCACUUAAGUACAGAGAAGGAGGAGUUCUAAAAAGAGCUGGACAUACAGAAGCUUCUGUUGAUCUUGCAAUGCUAGCUGGAUUAGAGCCUGUUGCUGUUUUAUGUGAGAUUGUGGAUGAUGAUGGAUCUAUGGCAAGAUUACCAAGGCUCCGCCAAUUUGCACAAGCAGGAAACUUGAAAAUAAUCUCCAUAGCUGAUCUUAUCAGAUAUAGGAGGAAAAGAGAUAAACUGGUGGAGCUGUCUGCCGCUGCUCCAAUACCCACAAUGUGGGGACCAUUUAAAGCCUACUGUUAUAGGUCAUUUCUGGAUGGGAUAGAGCAUAUAGCAAUGGUUAAAGGUGAAAUAGGAGAUGGUAAAGAUAUUCUCGUGAGGGUGCAUUCUGAGUGCCUCACUGGUGACAUAUUUGGAUCAGCAAGAUGUGAUUGUGGAAAUCAGCUAGCCCUUGCAAUGAAGCAAAUUGAGGCAGCUGGCAGGGGUGUAUUGGUAUACCUCCGUGGACAUGAAGGUAGAGGAAUUGGUUUGGGUCACAAGCUUCGUGCUUACAUCCUGCAGGAUGAUGGACGUGACACAGUUGAGGCCAAUGAAGAGCUGGGUUUACCUGUUGAUUCUCGUGAAUAUGGCAUUGGUGCACAGAUACUAAGAGAUUUGGGCGUGCAUACAAUGAGGCUGAUGACAAAUAAUCCAGCAAAAUAUGUGGGGCUGAAAGGUUAUGGCCUGGCAAUUGCAGGCAGGGUCCCAUUGUUGACUCCAAUAACUAGGGAGAACAGGAGAUAUUUGGAGACUAAACGCGAAAAAAUGGGGCAUCUAUAUGGUUCAGAAUCAGAUUGUAAUGGCCAUGUAAAUGGUAUUAUCAGUGAAACUGAUGGUGCAUCCAAGGCAUAAUUGCCUCAAUCAGGUCUGCUGAUAUAUGGCUUGGAACUUCAACUAGGAAAAUUUUCAUAGAAAUCUACUUUCAGCUUUGCAUUCUCUGUUGGUAAAGAAAUUCCUGGAUGCUUUUUCUUUCUUACAAGAAAGUAGAGGAUGAUGUAUUUAUUUUAAACUUCAGUGCUGAAAAUGGUGAAUUUUGUUCAUGAACACCAGAUAUUAACAAUAACAAUAUAAUAUUGAUAGAUGUAUA